AUGGCAAGUCACGAGAAGAUUGUCCCAGUGGUCGAUGUCUCCCCAAAAUCAAUCAAGGUCGCUGCAAACGGAGGCUCCUUUCAGCUUCAAAUCACUGGCACUACAGAUAAAUGUGCUGUCAUUCGGGUAAGGUAACUUCUCUCGGCAUUAAUUUGUAUUAAGAUUAUUCACAAACCCAUGAUUUUGUAAUCUAAAAAAGUAUUUUCCAGAUCAAGACCACCAACAACGAAUUCUAUCGCGUCAAACCCGUCUAUGCCAUGCUGAAGGGCAAGGAGAAGAAGAGCGUUGAUGUUAUUCGAAUCCCCGGCCCAGCCAGCAAGGACAAAAUUAUAAUUCAGUCGAUGGAAAGCAGGGAAGACGAGGAUCCCCAAGAUCCAUUCAAGGCGGGAUGUCAGUCCAUCGAGAUUCACAUCGAAAUCAAUGCUUCUUGA